AUGGCCAACAUUGUGGUGAAGACCAUCUGGCAGUCCAAGGAGAUCAACGAAGCUGGUGACACCCCGACGGGAGUGGAGAGUCGGGCUCAGAGCAGCAAGGAGCAGCUGGGGAAGUCUGGCAGCAUCAAGGCCUUCCCUAAAAAGAAGAAAGCCGUCUCUUUCCAUGGAGUUGAGUCUCACUUGACUAGCGAAAGCCCCAACCUCAAUUUGAAGCGUUCCUCUGCCUGCACCAACGUUUCACUCCUGAACCUGACUGAUGGGGAGCUUGAAGACUCCACCACCGAGAGCAAGCCCUCAGAUGAUGGGGGUUCCCCAGAGGGAGCAGCUGGGGAAAGAAAGGACCCCCUGCCCCCUGUCAAAGCAACAUGGUCUGAGGAUGACUAUGACACCCCCAUCCAACAGGAAGUGAGCAAUAGUGGCCUCUUGCGAGCCAAGGACUCCAUCACCAGCCUCAAGGAGAGGACGUCCAAGGUCAACCGCCAUGUUCAGAACCUGCAGAGUGAGUACACGGCACUGUACGAAAACCUGGAGCGGCGCAGGCAGGAAGCCGAAGACCUGGAGGAGUACUGCACUCAGCUGAAGGAAAGGUGCCGAAAAGUCACGAAAACUGUAGAGGAUGCUGAAGUUAAGACCAACUUGCUCAAGAAAAAUUCAGUGCUGCUGGAGGAGAAGCUAUGUUUCUUACAGCGGCAAGUACCAGCAGAAGACCUCAGCCUGCAAGUGAAACCACUCCUGGAAGAUGAGUCCCAUUACCUCUCUGCAUUCAAGACCCCAGACGCACUUGAAAAACACCCUGCCAGAUGUACCAGAUGUGCCAGCUAUAGCUUCGUGAACACUGAGAUGCUGCGGCAGAUGGUCGAGAAUGCGGUGGCCCCCAUCUUGGAGGAGCUGAAGCAGAGGACCCCAGUCUUGGGCACAUGCCCCAGCUGCCAACGUUUGCAGAAGAAGAUAAUGGAUCUGAAGCAGUCAGCCUUCGAUGCACAUACACGGGCAGAGGUUCUGAGUUCGAAUGUUCAUCUGACUCAGGAGGAAGCUUGGUGUGCUAAAGACAAUCUGGAGUGGCCAAGGAUCAAUCCAGAUAGGGACAAGGCCUCCGGCCUGGAUCACCUCCUCAGAAAGCUGGGCUCCCUCCGUUCACAACUGUCCCUGGUCUCCCAGGAGGGAGCGCCCCAACCGGAAGUCAUCUCCAUGGCAGCUGCUGCCGGGGCCCUCAUGAAGAAGAAUUCCUGCCCUGCGGAGUUAAAUCGUGACCCCCAAUAAUGAAUGAGAGUAAUAAUAAUAAUAAUA